GAAUAUGUCUUGUGAAAAUGAUUAAUUUCACUGUGCUAGCAUGAGGGGAGGAAACAUGGUGGUGGUGGGGGGGGAGUCUUUGUGCACUAGCAGGGGGCGAUAAGGAAGCGAGAACGCGCGCUCGACUGGAGCCUCCGUCUCACUUUUCACUCUUCCUCGGGACGGCAGGUACAGGCGCAGUGCGGCGGGGCUGCAGCACUCACAGACAGGACUUAACCUGUUGGACCGCUGGUCCUGCUGCUCUCAGACUCCCACGCUCCGUCUUGUCUCUCCUCCUUUUCCUGCAUUGUUACACUUUUCUCGCAGAGUUUUUGACGUGACAUGUUCCUGAACUGAGGCUGCUGUAAUGAGAUCCUCUUUCCUAGGAUCAGUGUGUGCUCUGCUCUUGCUGUUGCGGGAGCCUGCAUGCCGGGGUGAUGAGGUUACCUCAGACACAGUGGACCCAUGCUGUUAUUUCCCCUGUCAGCACUGGGGUGUGUGUGUAAAUUAUGGCGAGGACAAGUACGAGUGUGACUGCACUCGUACCGGCUACAGCGGAGAAAACUGCACUGUCCCGGAGUUCUGGACCAGAGUGCGUCAGUUCUUCAAGCCCAGUCCAGAAGUGCUGCAUUACAUUCUCACCCACUUCAGCUGGCUCUGGGACAUCAUCAACUACACCUUCCUACGGGACGUCCUCAUGCGGCUGGUUCUAACAGUGAGGUCUAACUUAAUACCUAGCCCUCCAACCUACAACUCCAAGUAUGGCUACCUCAGCUGGGAAUCCUACUAUAAUCUGAGCUACUACACUCGCAUUCUGCCCCCAGUGCCGAAGAACUGCCCUACACCUCUGGGGGUCAAAGGCAACGCUGGGCUGCCUGACCCUGAGCUGCUGGUUGAGAGGCUGCUGAAGAGAAGGACGUUCAGACCCGACCCUCAGGGCUCCAACCUCCUGUUCGCCUUCUUCGCACAGCACUUCACCCACCAGUUCUUUAAGACCUACAACCGCAUGGGUGUGGGCUUCACCAAGGCUCUAGCGCACGGGGUGGAUGCUGGGCACGUUUACGGAGACAACCUGCAGCGUCAGCUUCGGCUCAGGCUUCACAAAGACGGAAAACUCAAGUAUCAGUUAGUUGAUGGCGAGAUGUACCCUCCCUCUGUAGCGGAUGCACCCGUUAAGAUGAGCUACCCCCCUGGGAUCCCUCCUGGGACUCAGAUGGCUAUUGGUCAGGAAGUGUUUGGGCUCCUCCCGGGUUUGGGAAUGUUCGCCACGCUCUGGCUCAGGGAGCAUAACCGAGUAUGUGAUAUCCUGAAGGCGGAGCAUCCCACCUGGGAUGAUGAGCAGCUGUUCCAGACCACGCGCUUUAUCAUUAUUGGUGAGACAAUAAAAAUAGUGAUAGAGGAGUAUGUGCAGCACCUCAGUGGAUACAGGCUGCAGUUGAAGUUUGAUCCCACUCUGCUGUUUAACUCCAACUUCCAGUAUGGGAACCGUAUCGCUCUGGAGUUCAGCCAGCUCUACCACUGGCACCCCUUGAUGCCCGACAGCUUCCUUAUUGACGGAGAUGAGCUGUCGUACAAGCAGUUCCUCUUCAACAAUUCCGUUCUCACACACUACGGCAUUGAGAAGCUGGUGGAUUCCUUCUCUCGGCAAGUUGCUGGCCAGGUUGGCGGUGGCUUUAACACCAAUGCUGUGGUGGCCAAAGUGGCUGUGGUGACCAUUAAGGAGUCCCGCCAACUCCGCAUACAGCCCUUCAACGAGUACAGGAAGCGCUUUAACCUCCAGCCGUACACAUCGUUCAGACAAUUCACUGAUAACGAGGAGAUAGCCCGCGAGCUUGAAGAAUUCUACGGGGAUAUUGAUGCUCUUGAGUUUUAUCCCGGCAUGCUGUUGGAGAGAACGCGUCAGGGGGCCAUUUUUGGAGAGAGCAUGGUGGAGAUGGGUGCCCCCUUCUCCCUUAAAGGCCUCCUGGGAAACCCUAUUUGUUCUCCAGUUUACUGGAAGCCCAGCACGUUUGGAGGCAAAGUCGGCUUUGACAUAGUGAACUCUGCCACACUGAAGAAGCUGGUCUGUCUGAACACCAGGACGUGUCCUUAUGUGGCGUUCAGAGUACCAAGAGAGGAGCAAUCAACAAGAGGGAAUGAUGACGGUAAAAUAAGUACUGAUGAGCUAUGACUCUUUGCACCAGAAGGACCAAAGGGUGUCAUCAAUGACUGGAGGAAGUACAAGCAGCUGGAGGUGGAGCAGAAACAAGAGCAGAAGAAAGAGAUGGAGAGACUGAUCAAGAAGCUCACUGUUCCUUUUUAGUAGCUGAAUGUGUUUUCCUCUUCGUCUACUCCACAGAUGACCAUGCAAGAGUACAACAUGCUCCAGGAAGAAGAGGACGAUGAAGACUUCCUCCAGCACUACCGUAUGCAGCGCAUCGCGGAGAUGCGCCGCCAGCUCUGCAGCGGCAAACGCUUCGCGCAGGUCUACGAGUUGAUCAGCGGCGAGGACUUCCUGGAGGCUUUGGACAAGGAGGACAAAACCACCCUGGUCAUGAUCCACAUCUACGAGUCCGACAUCCCGGGCUGCGAGAGCAUGAGCGGCAGCCUGAUCUGUCUGGCUCAGGAAUACCCGCUGGUCAAAUUCUGUAGCGUGCGCAGCUCGGCCAUCAGCACCAGCGCUCUGUUCAGAGACAGUGCUCUGCCCGCUCUGCUCGUUUACAAAGCGGGCGACCUGAUCGGCAACUUCGUGCGGGUGACGGACCAGCUCGGGGAAGACUUCUUCGCCGUAGACGUGGAGGCGCUGCUGCAGGAGUACGGCCUGCUGCCCGACAAGACCCCCAUCGUCUCCAAGACGGUCCGCAACGGAGCCAUCGUACAGAACACUAUGAGCGAUGAGGACUCCGACCUUGAUAUAGACUAGAGAUGUUUUUUUUUGUCUUCCAUGAAUUAUUUGCUUUGGAAACGUGUACACAGUCUGCAUGGACUAUAGAUGAUUUUUAUGUACGUGGACCACCGUAGUGAUGACAGGUUGAGCCAGGAUUGCUAUGUUAUUACUCAUACAGCCGGCGUUGAAGCAGAACCAAAAGUAAAUGCACACACAACAUCAUGGCCGAAUGAUUCUCCUCAUGACAUCAAUCCAUGGUAAACAUAAGUUAUAAUUAUUAGUACAUUUUUGCCAUUAUUAAAAUCGAGGACCUGUUAUACGCAGUGAGAAUGAUGUCGAUGUUAGUUUAAUUGUUUUUCUUUGAGCUGUGACUGUUAUUUAUUCAUUGUGUUAAAACACAAUCCCUGUUUUGUUUCAUUUGCAUCUUCAUUGUAUUAAAUGUGUUUCACUCUGUAGAAUACAAAUCCUGCAGCCCAAACCGACUUGUAGUUAAUUUUCUAACUUUUAUAUGUGCUGUACCAUUUAAAAUAGUGAGGCGAAUAAACAAACGCUUGGACAGUG